AUGGACUGCCAUUAUAAAGUAACAAUCCCUCAUUCUCCGAUUUUUACUUUAUUUUUCUUAAUUAUUAUCUCACUUCCUCCAAAUGCUGCCAAUAUUGUAAAAAUUGCCCAUUUACAGCCAAAUAAUCCAGCAAUUGUACAUGAACCUCAGGUUUUGAAAAUGUGUUCAAACAACUUGAAGGAACGGAAAAUUCUUCCGGAUGUUAUUAGUUUUGAUGUAUUUACAAUGGAAUCAUGUAACCGUUAUAGUGGAGUGGAACACGCCGCCUACCUUCAUUAUGUCCGAAAUGCUAGUGUUUAUUUUGGUCCGGGAUGCAAUAACGAAAUUUUGGUUAUUGGCAGACUUGUCUCUCGUUGGAAUGUUCCAAUCGUUGCUCACAUGUCUGGAGACGAUGCACUUUCUGAUAGAAGCGUUUUUGACACUUUAAGUUCUGUAGCUCUCACUUCAGCAACAGAAAUGGCUCGUGCUACACUUACUUUUCUUCAACUUUAUGGAUGGAAACAAGUUGGUCUAGUUCGUUCAAAUGUCAACUUUGACCGUUUAUCUCUACAUUCCCUCAAAAAUUAUUUGAAAGAUGCCCAGAUUGAUAUCAACAUUGAAAUUGAAUUGGACCCUUAUAUGACUCCAGACGAGAUUAUUGCUACAGGGAGACUUAAAUUGCUUAGAAAUAGAGCUAGAAUUAUUAUUGUUGAAAUGGGCCUCGAUUUACACACUAACCGUGCUUUUAUGGUUGCGAUCCAUCGUACACAAUUAAAGACAAAUGGUCUGGAAUUUUUUAAAUUAAUUAAUCCCAUUCAAAUUACAGAAUUUGUCUAUAUAAUCCCUUGGCUAGCACAUAUGCAUGAUCACUACCCUUGGGAAGCUAGCAACAUUGACAAACUCGAAACAAAAAUGGCUUUUGAUGAUACUAUAGUCAUUACUGCCCAUGGCUACGAUAAAAAGUUCAUUGAAGAUUUUGAAUUAAAAUUUUCUAAAGUGACUGGGGUAAUUAGCAGUCAUUAUGCUACACUUUCUUAUAUGUCACUUUAUGAUGCUUUAUAUUUGUAUGGAUUAGCUCUUCGAGAUGCUUAUGAUGAAACAAAAAAUGACAGUAUUUAUGUAGACGGAUCUUUUAUUUGGAAGAAAAUGACUGCGCGUCAAUUUCUUGGCUCGACUGGCCAAGUUUUAAUGAACAAUAAAGCUGUUAGGGUGCCAAGUUAUGCUACUUAUUUAACAAAAAAUGGGACAAUGCGUAUUGUUGUUGAACUAGAAGCUAGAUUAGGGGAUAAAUUGAAAUGUGCAGUGUCUGACAAUGAUUGUUCUGAACAUGUGGCCCAUGAGGUUAAUAGCAACUUUUGGCAUAGCUAUGAUGGGCAUUUACCUACUGAUAUGCCAAAAUGUGGUUUUGAUGGAAGUAUCUGUGAUUAUACGAUGCUUUAUGUUGCCAUUGGAAUUGUGCUCUUCUUCCUUAGUAUGUCGAAUGUGAUAAGAUCUACUAGAUAGUUAGACACUUAACCCGAUAUCUCUUUGCAUACUGUUGGUUCAUUCAUUUGUGACUGGACCUGUGCCAAUUCUACUAGGAAAACAAGAGAGAUUAAUUAGGUUUACGUGGAUUAGGGAUGCCUCUGGUUGAGACAAAAAAUGUCUGGUCAAAUUUUCAAAAUUUCCUUCAAAUCGUGGUUUGAAUCGAAAAAAGCCAAGAUCUAUGACUGGACCUGGGGAAUUACUGAUUCG